AUGGCGCUCUCUUAUUCCUUCAUAUUCUCCCUACUGUUACUGUUGCCCAUCGUGGCCUUCGUUCUGCGAGCGCUCUACCGAAUCACUCUGCAUCCUUUAGCACGUUUCCCAGGCCCGAAGCUUGCGGCUGUCACCAAUGUUUAUGCUGUGAGCUAUGAUCUAUCCCCGAACGAUUCACUCGUCAAGCACCUGAGAAAGCUGCAUGACCAAUAUGGGCCCAUCGUCAGAGUACGCCCCAAUGAGUUGCACAUCUUCGAUUGGGAAGCUUACCGAACUGUCUUCAGGGCAGGAUCCGACUUCCAUCGUUCUCCGGAGGUCUACAGCGGGCCGCAAGUCCAAGGCUCCUUUCUCAGUGUUUCCGACGGUCGCGUCGCCAGGCCCCACAGGGAGCUGUUUGUGCAAUCAUUCUCGAAGGCUGCGAUCAGUCACCUUGAACCUCUGAUCAACGAGAAGUUGCUCCGAUUUCUCGUCCGGCUGGAGGAUUUUGCGCAUCGAGGCACUGCCAUAGACCUAGAUACGGCCUUCGAAUGCUUGACGGCCGACGUCACCAUGCAUUAUUGUUACCAGAUGAGCUUGGGCUUGUUGGAUGACCCUCUCCUCAAGCCCAGUCUGAUCGUGAAUCUGGAAGAAUUCGGCUCUAUCGCGCCAGUCUUCUGGUAUUUUCCACGACUAGGGAAUCUCAUGAAUAAGGCCAUAUUUCCCCUGUUGCCAGAAAGGAAAGUCAGAACAUGGUUCCCUGCCGUGGCAGCCUUGAACGGCGUGUUGAAGCAAUGUGAACAACUCAUUAUGUCGCUGUCGCAAGCACCGAGCGAUUCCAAAGAGGUGACUUCCUCCAUCUUCAGAACUGCGCUCAACCCGAAUCGUGAAAAGGGUCAAUAUGUGGCCAACCUGAAGGAACUCGCCGCCGAUGCCGUUCUCAUGUUUCUGGCAGGAACUGACACAACCGCGCACGCCCUGACCUUCGGCACGUGGGAGAUGGUAAAACGACCGGAAAUCUUUCGAAGGCUACGUCAAGAACUUGUUACUACUGUUUUGCCCCAGAGAGGCGCAGUUGCAGUGCUCACCGACCUGGAAAACUUGCCCUUCUUGCGAGCUGUUAUCAAGGAGUCUCUCAGGUUCUCACUGGGUACUUCUGCACGGCUUCCAAGGCUCGUGCCUGCUCAAGGAGCGAUCCUGUGCGGACAGUCCAUUCCUGCUUCGACUCGAGUGUCUUUCAGCCACUAUGUGUACAACAACGACCCUACCAAAUUCGUGGACCCAUACACCUUUAAACCUGAACGAUGGCUGGGUGACAACGUGAAUGAGCUAGAGAGUCAUAUGAUCAGCUUUUCGCGUGGUAGUAGGAAUUGCAUCGGCCAGAAUCUUGCCUAUGCAGAGCUUUACAAAGGCUUUGCCCAUCUCGUUCGCAGGUUUGACAUCGUGAACGCUGAAACUACACAUCACGAUAUGGAUUGGCAGGACGCCUUUACUCCGAGAUUCAACGGGCAUUUGAAGGUCAGGCUGCAGGCUGUUCCAAAAUGAGAAACUCCGGCUCUUUGGCAAGUAGCUGAUCGAUGAGG